CGGCUGGUGGCAGCGCCAUUUUGAACGUGCAGCUACCCGGGCCGUGAGUCCUACUAGGCGGGGCAGCGCGCUAGGCGACCUCGCUGUCUUCUCUGACUUUUUCCUUCUAUAUUCCGUUUCUCUAGGUGUAUACAGAGAUACGCUAUAGCUCUAGAAUUAUAUCCAGUAUCUGAAGUCAACUCACUAAGAUGAUGUUAAGAGGAAACCUGAAGCAAGUACGCAUUGAGAAAAACCCGGCCCGCCUUCGAGCUCUUGAGUCCGCGGCAGGCGAGAGCGAGCCGGCGGCCGCCAUGGCCCUCGCGCUGGCGGGGGAGCCGGCGCCACCUGCCCCCGUACCCCCGGAGGACCACCCCGAUGAAGAGAUGGGAUUCACCAUUGACAUCAAGAGCUUCCUCAAGCCGGGCGAAAAGACGUACACGCAACGCUGUCGCCUCUUCGUGGGGAACCUGCCCACAGACAUCACGGAGGAGGACUUCAAGAGGCUCUUCGAGCGCUACGGCGAGCCCAGCGAGGUCUUCAUCAAUCGGGACCGUGGCUUUGGCUUCAUCCGUUUGGAAUCCAGAACACUGGCUGAAAUUGCAAAAGCAGAGCUGGAUGGCACCAUUUUGAAGAGCAGACCUCUCCGAAUUCGUUUUGCUACACAUGGAGCAGCCCUAACUGUCAAGAACCUUUCGCCGGUUGUUUCCAAUGAGCUGCUAGAGCAAGCAUUUUCCCAGUUUGGUCCUGUAGAGAAAGCCGUUGUGGUUGUGGAUGAUCGUGGUAGAGCGACAGGAAAAGGUUUUGUAGAAUUUGCAGCAAAACCUCCUGCACGAAAGGCUCUGGAAAGAUGUGGUGAUGGGGCGUUCUUGCUAACAACGACCCCUCGUCCAGUGAUUGUGGAGCCUAUGGAGCAGUUUGAUGAUGAAGAUGGCUUGCCGGAGAAGCUAAUGCAGAAAACCCAACAAUAUCAUAAGGAAAGAGAACAGCCGCCACGUUUUGCUCAACCUGGGACCUUUGAAUUUGAGUAUGCAUCUCGAUGGAAGGCUCUUGAUGAAAUGGAAAAGCAGCAGCGUGAGCAGGUUGAUAGAAACAUCAGAGAAGCCAAAGAGAAACUGGAAGCAGAAAUGGAAGCAGCUAGGCAUGAACACCAAUUAAUGUUAAUGAGGCAAGAUCUCAUGAGGCGUCAAGAAGAACUCAGACGCUUGGAAGAACUCAGAAACCAAGAGUUACAAAAACGGAAGCAAAUACAACUGAGACAUGAGGAAGAGCAUCGACGCCGUGAGGAAGAAAUGAUCCGACACAGAGAACAGGAGGAACUGAGGCGACAACAAGAGGGCUUUAAGCCAAACUAUAUGGAAAAUGAGGCAGAAAACGGGCUGUCUCAGGCAAAGCAGGAUGUAUGGUUGUCCCAAUCAUAUGUUAUGAUUAUAAAUAAUAGUUUUUUCAUUCAUAUUUAAAAGAUUUCCAAAUGAUUCCAAAUGGAAAUGCUGAGUCUCCCUUAAACUCUAUACACACUUUACUAGAAGACAUUUUAUUGUACUUAAUUAUUUCUAUGUCAUAUUAGAUGACUAGUGUCUUUUUUUUUUUUUCCCCGUCUUACCUUCCAUUAGCAUUUCAGAGAGGCUUAAAAUCCAAAUUUCUGUAUCUCUUUUCUUCUCCUGGAGGUGUACUCAGUGCAUGCAUAACUUUCUCUGACUGUGCACCAAGCUGUAUACCACAUUGCAUUCUAAUUACUCUCUGACUUUGUUGCCAAAUUUGUUGAAUUUUUUGAGUUUGAGAGUCUUGUAUUUGUCAUAUUGUAGUUACUUAGACACAAAUUGGGAGAAUUAAAUAGUUGUUUGGUGUCCUAUUUUUCAAAUAUCAGUGCUGCCCAGUCAUAUGAUUUUCACUGUUCUUUAUGGGUCACCAUACUUCGGUAUUUAUUGAAUACUAAUGUCUAAGAUAUUAAACAUCUGUAGUUUUGAAACAUAGGUGGUAUUGGUAGAUUUUUGUAGACUUCAUAAUGGACUCACAUAAUGAAGAGUAAAUUUUUAAAAAUAGUCAAAUAACAAUUUUUUUGUGUUUGGUUUUCAGCACAUCUGACUUUUCAAUAUUCGGAUCCCACUCGAAUAUCCCCUCUGAGUGUUAGACUUACAGGAAGAUUUAGAGGUUUCCAUUUAGUAAGAAAAUUUGGUCACUGUUUUACUGUUUAAGAACAGAGUGCUGAAUACCAUGGAGGAUACAGAAGUGAAUCAAGCUCAGGGUCAGGUCUUUGAGGAUUUUAGAGUAUUAUAGGUGCAGAGUAUCUUUGUGGAAUAUACAGAGAUACAGCUAAAAAGUUUUAAGAGUUUAGAGAAAGAUUCUCUGCUAGGGAAUGUGAAGAGUGCAUUGAGUAGCUUUAGCACUGUUGUGGAACUUACUUUGGAUGUUUUUUUGUUUUUCUUUUUAACUGAUAUGAUUGGUUUAUUAUUCCACUGUGUUGUAGGUAUACAUCAUGUCUUUUCAUUUGAAAUGGUAAGUCCUUCUAAUCUUUGUUCAGAAUGGUAAGAUCUUUCAGUUAAUGUUUACCUCUCCAACCCCAAGAAAGGUAAACAUUAACUGAAGUUGGAGAGGAGGAAAGUCAAGUUUGGCAAAUAGAAAUGUUCAACUAAAGUAAACAGUUUUUGAGAUGUCACAUGUGUUAUAAGAAUAACAUAAUAUAAAUAAGAAUUUUUAGGUAUUAAAUAAUUUGAAUUAAAAAGAAUCUAGGAAGACAUAAAAAUUUAACCUGUUAUUUCUGCUUUGUGACUUCUUAACGUUACACUUAGAGCCCCCCUCAAACAGGAGUUGUUUUACAAGGUGGUUAUGUCAAAAAAAAAAUUUUUUUUAGGUUAGUCUCCAUCUAAUAUCUUCUGUACUUUGUAUUGUAGUUCUGUAGUAUAACCUGAAAUGUCAGAGUUUUAUACCCAGUCUCCAUUAGUAUCUUCUGUACUUUGUAUUGAGGACAUGAAGUUCUGUAGUAUCACUUAAAAUGUCAGUGUUUUAUACCAAAUCAGGCUAAAUAAAUGUGAAUGUUAAUAUCUCUGUGUAGUUAUUAUCUAUUAGUGAUGGGGGUAGGAACCUGGGUUUGUGAGCAUGCUCUGCUGAUGAAAUGCAUUUAUUUCUGUUUAAAAUUUCAAUAAUUGAAAGUAUAUGGGUAAGUUUGCCUAUACUUUGUCUUACGAUAUCCUGCACUAUAUUGUACACCACAUUUCAAAUUCUGUGUUUUCUGGUUGUAAAUUUACCAUGUUUCUCACAAAGUAACUUCUUCAUUUGGCCUAGUACUGCUUUUUAAAAUUCUGCUUUUUAACAAUUGAUAUGCUUAUUAUAGUAGUUUUUCUUAUAAUUGCGUAUUUUAAAUAUUUGAAUUUUAUUUAGUUACCACUUAUAUAUUUAUAAAAUUACUAUAAUUGUACCUGUUGCUUUAUCUACUUAGGAAAAAUACAUAAUUUGUUAAAAUUUAAAAGCUUCUGGCAUACUACUAAAAUAAUUUGUUUAAUGCCUAGUAUCAUGAACAAAAAGAUUCCCCAUUAAAUACAUACUUUAAUUAUUUAUAUAUUGGAACACAUGUGCUCGUUUGCUCCUUCCACUGCUUUCUUAUGUUGAUGGGGCCAGUUUGGCAUUUCUUCUUAUACAGUUUAUCUUUUUGUUUCAUCUUUCAUAUCUUGGUCUGGCCAGUCGUGAUAGUUGUUUUGACUUUGAUAAGGAAAUGUACUGGUUAAGAGGUUAUGGGUGAAGAAAUGCAAACCAAUUACCAGUAUUAUGUGAGCUUUGAUAGGAUACUAUUCAAAAUACUGUGUUUGUGCUGUAGCUGAUACCGUCGUGGCUGAUUUCUUUAAGAGUUUAGGAUAAAAUAACUAAAUUUGAAGAAUAAGUAUUCCUAGUCAAUUUCAAUUUUUAAAAGCAUCUCUUCAGAGUUUGUCAUGACAAUUGAAAAGUGAUGAUGAUAAUGAUAAUUUUUGAAAAUGUCCCUUGGGUAUAUGGUUAAAAAUAUUCUCAGUUGAAUAUGAAUUUGUUUAAAAAAUUAAUUUGUUUAAAAUAUUCCCUUCAGUCUCUUGAUACAUGGUGAUUAUAUGUAAUUAGAUUUAAUUAAUCUUCAGUUAGAAAACCACCCUAGUUAUUAAAAAGCUGCAGUUAAUUUCUGAAUUUGACAGUGACACCAGAAUAAUCUUUCAAAAUACAUUGAGGGAAUCUAGAUUAAGAGGUAUGUAUCUUGAGGUUAAUGAAUAUAGUGAGCUAAGAUGUAAGUCCCCCUACUUAUAUUUGUUAAUUCCUCUUAUUUCUGAUUUGAAAUUUAACAAGUAACAAAUUUUUAUUCGUGACUAAAAAUUACAGUAUAAAUUCAUAUAUUUAUAAUUGAUUAUUCAAAAAGAAACAUUAAAAAUUUUUAAUAGGGAUGCCUGGGUGGCACAAUUGGUUAAGCAUCUGCCUUCGGCUCAGGUCAUGAUCCCAGGGUCCUGGGAUCGAGUUCCACAUCAGGCUCCAUGCUCAGUGGGGAGCCUCCUUCUCCCUCUCCCUGCUGCUUCCCCUGCUUGUGCUUUUUCUCUCUCUUUCUGACAAAAAAUUAAAUAAUUUUAAUAGACUAAAUUUUAGAGUAGUCUUAGAUCUAUAGCAAAAUUGAGCCGAAGAUAGAGAUUUCCCAUAUAUCUCCUUCCCCCAACAUACAUUCAGACUCCUUCACUAUCAGAAUGACACAUCUUAUCACCAAGAGACCAUAGUUUAUGUUAGGGUUCACUCUUGGUUUUGGACAUUCUGUGGACUUUUGACAAAUGUAUAAUGACGUGUACCCAUUGUUACAGUAUACAAAAUAGUUUCACUGCCUUAAAAAUCCUCUGUCCUCUACCUAUUCAUCCCUCUCUUCUUCCUAAUCCUGGUCAACCACUGAUUCUGUUACUGUCUAUAUAUAGUUUUACCUUUUCCAGAAUGUCAUGUAGUUGGAAUCGUAUAAUAUGUAGGCUUUUCAUAAUGACUUUUUGGUAAUAAGCAUUUUAAGGUUACUCUGUGUCUUUUCAUGGCUUGAUAGCUUGUUUAUUUUUAGUGCUAAAUAAUGUCUCAUUGUCUGGAUGUACCACAUUUUGUUUAUCCAUUCACCUACUGAACGACAUCUUGGUUGUUUCCAAGUUUUGGCAAUUCUGAAAAAGCUGCUGUAAACAUCCAUGUGCAGGUUUUCGUGUAGUCAUAAGUUUUCAACUCCUUUGUGUAAAUACCAAGGAGUAUAGUUGCUGGAUUGUAUGUAUGUAAGAGUAUCUUUAGUUUUGUAAGAAACUGUUAAAUUGUCUUCCAAAGUGAAUAUGCCAUUUAUAAUCCCUAUUAGCAGUGAAUGAGAAUUCCUAUUUCUCUACAUCCUUGGCAGCACUAUGUGUUGUCAGUGUUUAGGAUUUUGGCCAUUCCAAUUGGUGUGUUGUGGUAUCUCAUUGUUGUCUUAAUUUGCAAUUACCUAAUUGAUAAUAUGGUGUAAAAUUUCAUUUUAACAGUCAUAAAACUGAGGAACAUUUUCCCAGUAUUUGUGUAUGCAGGUAUCAUGGAAUGCAUGUAUUCAAACUGGGGGAAACACCCAUCAUAGAUUGUAUUUAUUGAAAGAUUGUCUUAGGUUGCUUAAAAAAUACCCCCCUUCCCCUGGUCUAGUAGUGAGUACUGUGUUUUGGAAGUUAUUGUUUUUAAUUACUUGAAGUAAAAAUGUCUUCCAAGCAUUCUCUGUUCAUUAUGUUUGAAAGUUUGCAUGCUAUUAUUUAUAUCAGUGGAAACAUGUCUUACUCCCCUUUUUAGUUUAAAAUUACUUCAUUUUUAUUAAGAAAAGAUUACUUUGUUGAUGCAUACCCUUGAGGAUUGUAACACUUUCUAAAUGAAUGAGUAAUUUCUUGGCAAAGAGGCCUACCUUUUAUUUUGAAUUUUUUUUCUUUAUACCUGUUUUCUUAAUAUUUCAUGUAAUUGAUUUUUCCAUUUUUUACUUCCAGAUAUGCUGUUUGUUAGAUAGUAUUUCAGCUGCUAAUUUGUUUAAUUUCUCUCUUGACAGUCUGACUAGCUAGCUAAUAAUCUUUAUUCUUUAUGUAAUCUUCUCUAGUGAAGGAAAAGAUAUGUUUUCCAGUACUAAGUAUAAUUUAUUUUUAGAAAUAAUUAUAAAAAGGUUGAAUCUUGUUAUUUCCCAGACUUAAGACAUUUCUCUAGAAUUAUAUUUCCUUUAGUAGAUUUAAAUGUUCUGUGUCAGUAUUUUUACAUCGGGAAUUUUAGCAUUUUCUUUAUCAAGAUAUUGAACGUAGAUGGUACAUGGUGAUCCUUUGACAAUCCCUUAGAGGCUUCUUCAGAAAUGUACGUGAAAGAUCUUUAUAAAUUAAAAAAUAAUGAUUGUGGUCAUUAAGACUGUAUUCAUUCAAACAGGAAUUUAAUUAGUGUCAGAUGAAUAUAUCUUUAUCAUUGAUUGCAGAAUGUUUCAGUUGAUACUAUGUUAAAUCAUUAUUUACAUAGUUCACUGUUUUCUAAACCUUAGGCAUUACUUUAUUUUAGACUCAUCUUUGUGUACUGUGUGAAUCCUUUAAAUUUGGUUAUCUAAAAAAAGAAGCUACAGUAUCUUUAAAUUCAUAGGUUGAUAUUUUGAGUAUUAGGUAUUUAAAGAAAAGAUCCUAUUCUAUAUAAAAUAAUGUAAAGUUCUGCACUGGUUUAGUUACUUUACAGUAGUGCAAAUUUUCUAUUUUUAUUUUCAUGAACGAAUACUGACCGGAACUUAAAAAGCAUUGGUUCUUAAACUUCUGGGUUUUGACAUUUUUUUACACUGUUAAAAAUUAUUGAAGACCCCUAAGAGCUUUGGUUUGGUUUUGUUACAUCAGUGUUUACCAUAUUAGAUAAUAAGAGAGAAAGUUGAAAGAAAAUGGGCUGUAGUGGGAACACUGGCCUUAUUUUACUUUUUGCAGAUAUUCUUGAUGUUCCACUUUAAUGUAGUGGGAAGAGUGCUAUUGUUUUACUGUUUUGUAAAUUUGUUUAAUGUUUGGCUUUAUAGAAAAUGGCUGGCUUCCCAUAUUUGCUUUUGCAUUCCAUCUGUUGCAGAAUGCUCUUUUGGUUAAAGUGCAUGAAGAAAAUCUGGCUUUACUUAGAUAACUAAUUAGUAAAAUGGAGAUGAGUAUAUUUUAACCUUUUCAGAUAAUUGUGGAUAUUUUUGUUAAAUACUACAGAAAACUUGACAAGCAGUAGUUUUCAUUGCAUUAUAAUCCAUUAGGCUACCUGGAACUUUGAAUGGAUUAUUUUUUUUACCCAUGCAUGAUUUUGUAAUGUCAUAUACCAAACAUUAGAAAAAUACUGAUCCAUUGAGUUAUACACAUCUUCUAAAUUUUAAUGUAUUUUAUUACACAGAAUUAAAAACAAAUUACAUUUCUUAAUAUCAACCACUGAUCUUGUCAGAAAAUGUCUGCCAAAUGCUAUCCCAAAGUAUAACAUUCCUAUGAUACCUUUUGUAAGCCAAAAUGGCAUCAACUGAAGAAGCAUUAACAUUUUUAUAUAAAAAAAUGUUUGGAAAGUUUCUGAACCCAAAUUAUAACCUCUUAGGCUUCUCUGAGACUUUAGUACACAUCUUGCUAACUGAUGCACAGAAUAAAUCUAGAUAAAGCGCAGAUGUUCACACAUAGUUCAAAGCUAUGGCAACUUGAUCCAGAGAUGCUAAGAAUAUUCCCAGGGAUGGAGCUUGGUGGUAGCACUUUUCGUUGCUCUAGGUUUGUGGUGCCUCUAAAAUAACUUGCUGCAAAACACACAACUUUAUAUUCACUUUUUGCCUUUUUCCAUAAAAGCGAAAAUCCUGUUUUGGUUAGCAAAAACAGAUACUACAAAUGUAGGUCUUUUAUAAAAGCCAAGUGGCGGGGCGCCUGGGUGGCUCAGUCGUUAAGCGUCUGCCUUCGGCUCAGGUCAUGAUCCCAGGGUCCUGGGAUCGAGCCCCGCAUCGGGCUCCUAGCUCCGCGGGAAGCCUGCUUCUCCCUCUCCCACUCCCCCUGCUUGUGUUCUGUCUCUCUCUGUCAAAUAAAUAAAUAAAAUCUUUAAAAAAAAAAAAAGCCAAGUGGCGUAAUGCACACUUUUGAAAAACAAGGGACGCCUGUACACAAGUCAGUAAUCAUAGUUGUCAGAUGCUGUCUUGUUCCGUUUACAACCCAGUCAUAAGAAUGUUUUUCUUGAAGGACUACCCUAUUUCAGAAUGCAGCAGAAGUGCUUUAUGUAUAUAUCCUGUUUUGUUGCAUAAUUAAAAAGAUGUAGUGAUUCAAUAAAAAUAAUUUUAACUGUUGGGGCGCCUGGGUGGCUCAGUUGGUUAAGCGACUGCCUUCAGCUCAGGUCAUGAUCCUGGAGUCCCGGGAUCGAGUCCCGCAUCGGGCUCCCUGCUCAGCAGGGGGUCUGCUUCUCCCUCUGACCCUCUUCCCUCUCGUGCUCUCUGUCUCUCAUUCUCUCUCUCAAAUAAAUAAAAUCUUUAAAAAAAUAUAUUAAAAAAAUAAUUUUAACUGCUUCCUGUACGUAUUCAUCUACAUAUUCUAGUUGAAAUUUUAAAACUAGUUGUGUGGGCAGCAGCCUCUCCUCUGCUGUCCUGCCCGCUGCUCCCUUGUAACAGUGAUAGUUACUAGUAAAAAUUGAGUGUAAGUGCUUCGAUUUGUGCUAAAAUACCAAGAUUUUUGCCUCCAAUUGCUUGUACACCAUCCCUACAAAUGUUGAUAGACUGAAAAGCCCAGUUAGAUGAUAAUUUUAUAAUUGUGUUCUAAUGUUUAGUAAGACAUGAAACAGUUUUGAAUGUGUACACUUCCUGAAAGGGUCUUGCGGACUCAGUACUCCCAUCAGCCACACUCUGAGAUCCAUUGUUUUAAUGGAAUGCUGCUUUGGUAAGUGGUUCUGGAAAUCAGUCAUACUUUGCUUGCUUUUUUGGUCAGCUGUGAAUUUAAGCAUACUUCAGUGACAAGCUCAGGAAUACAUAUGCAUAAUUUUUUUAAUGGAAAGGCACGACUUAUGAAUAUAAUAAGAAUAAAUUAAAAAUCUCGCCUUUUGUUAGGCUUUGUUGGAAUCCUUGAAAAAAGUGAAGGUGUUUUGUGAAGGUAAAAACUUAAUGAACUCUCUCGGCAGAAUUUUUUAGGUCAGUUCAACCUUGAGUAAGUUAUUUAACAGUGCUGUGCCUCAGUUUUAUGAUCUCUAAAAUAGGAUAACAGUAGACCUACUUUAUAGGGUUGCUAUGAAGAGUAAUUGGAUUAAUUAAACCAAGUUUUAAUCAUAGCUUUAUUAUCUUAUUGCAGUGCAGUCUUUCGAGAUUUUGUUUACCUAUAAGUUGUUUCAUGUUAAAUCGUAACUCUAAUUUUUGGUGUAAAGCAAUAAAGCAUUAAAAUUUGUAUUCCAAAAAUACCAUGUAUAUUCUGCACCAGUUCUAAUUUCAAAUAUUAGAAUUCAUAGAAGUGAGAGUCUUGUGUAUUGCUUUUUAGGUGGGUACACAGUUAAUAGUGAACUUCCAAGUUUCUCCUUACUGAUAUUUGAUAAAUCAAGUUAUAAUGAGAAGUACUGUUUUAAUAUUCAUUGCUAACCACUACCUUUAAAUAUAAUCUCUGACCCUUGCAUUUUACCUGAAGUAUGUAGCAGUGGAUUUUGAUAAAAAUGACAGUAAUCUUAAGAUAUGACUAAGAAAGGACUCCUGGGUGGCUCAGUCACUUGGGCGUCUGCCUUCGGCUCUGGUCAUGAUCCCUGGGUCCUGGGAUCGAGUCCCGCAUUGGACUCCUUGCUCAGCCAGGAGCCUGCUUUUCUCUUGCCUGCUCUGCCUGCCGCUCCUCUUGCUUGUGCUCUCUCUUUCUCUCUCCCUCUGACCAAUAAAUAAAAUCUUUAAAAAAAAAAAGAUAGGACUAGGAAGUUGAAAACUUCUUUUGCUCCUUCUAAAAUAGUUAAAAAAUGAUCUGUCAUCCAAUUAUACUAUCUUUUUCUUAAUAUGUGAAGCUGUAUAAAAUAGUACUUAGUAAUUUUCUUUAAGGAAGCAUCAACACUAUUAAAUAAAUGGAGUGUAUGUGUAUUUAGUGAAAAAUGCUUUUAUAUAUAUAGGUAUUUUAGCACAGUGAUAUGCUACAUUAGCAUGUAUUAUUGUAAGACAUUCUGAUUAUCUAAUUUAAAGAAAGAUAUUUUGAAACUGGAAAAACAGUUGUUUCUUUUUUUAAGAUUUUUUAAGUGAUUUCUACACCCAGCGUGGGGCUUGAACCGACAACCCUGAGAUCCAAGAGUUGCAUGCUCUUCUGACUGAGCUAGCCACAUGCCCCUGGAACCAGUUUCUAAUAGAGCAUCAGAAAGGGAAUGUUAUGGCCACUGUUGAAUAAAUUGACUUUAAAAACCGUAAGUCUUGGGGCACCUGGCUGGCUCAGUCAGUAGACCAUGUGACUCUUGAUCUUGGGGUCGUAAGUUAGAGCCCCAUGCUGGGUGUAUAGAUUAUUUAAUAAAUAAAAGCUUUUAAAAAAAAUCCAUAAAUGUAUUUAGCAUAUUAAUCUCUUCAGAAUUCUAUUAAUGAAGAAAAUAGAAUAAUAGAAUAAUUUAAAAAGUACUGAAUUUUGUGAAUAAUAAAGCUAAUAAAUACUGUUAUUUUGGAAAAUGAUACGUACAGAUGAAAUAUUAAGGAGAUAAUAAAAACGUCUCCUUCUUUGCCCUCCACCAGUGAAUCACAGGCAUCCAGUUAGGAUGUCAGAAUACUUAAGGGGGAUUUGAAAAUUGAAGUCUCAAACAAUAAGAAUAUGAAUACAAAUACAAACAAUAUGAAUACAAAUUCAUAUCAUAUCAUAAUUACCCUCUGUUGGUUAGAUAUUGCAUUCUUCAUCUUUCAUAGUUAAGGCAAAUCCAAAAGUAAAAAUAAAAAUUAAACCCUUGUUCCCCAAAGAUGUCAUGAUCAAAAAAUCCGUGUAUUUUACUGUGGUGCUGAAAUGGAACCAGCUUUUCAAUAACAGGUAUCUGCUAUAAAUAAUACCUGGAUGAUUUUGGAUAUGCUGAAGGCUGUCUACAUUUUAUCAGGUUCUAGUGAUGAGGAAAUGACAACUUGGAUUUGAUUUAUUGAUGAUAGUGUUAAGUGUGAUCAUAAAGUAGUAUUUUCCAUAUGACUUCAUCAGAAAUCCGUUCUAUGAAAUAGUCUAGCUGUGUUUUGCUUGAUAGUAGUAUCCAUCACUAGCCAAACAUUUGAUGAGAAGAGACAAAUUUAGUUUUAGGCAAGUUUAAAAAAAAUAGCUUUGAGAAAGUUUUGGGAUUUACAUUUUCUACGUAAUGUGACAAACAUUUCUUUAUGAUGCUGUGUAAGUGAUGUGUUUUGUUUGUUUUGUUUUUUACCACAGCUUCAUUAAAGGUUACAGUUUGAGGCAUGUCCAUUAGGUUAGAUAUGGGCAGUUGAUAAGCUGCUUAGUGGCAUUUAUCUACCAUAUACCAUAGGCUUUUCUUUCCUUUUUUCCCUAGCUUUUAUAGGUGCUUUUCGCUGAUAUUUUGUAUUACUAAAUGGAAUUUUAAGCACAUUUUAAUAGAACUGCUUUUAAAAGAAAAAUUGUGCUUUUUUUUUUUUUUUAAAGUUUUAAGACAUUGCUACUUUUGUCUCAGAAUGUGUUUUGUGAUUGCUACAUUUAACACACUGGUCUGAUAAUGGAAAAGGUCAUUAAAUAAUAGUGCAAAUUUGAAUUACAGUAUGUUGAGUAAUUUCACCUAGAGAUUUCAUCGACGUUAAUUCUAUAGUUAUACAGAAUUAAUAACUAAUACUAAUAAUAUUACUGUUAAUAAAUUAGUUUUUCGAAGUAGUUGAAUUUUACUGAAAUUUAAGUUUGUCAUUUGCAUGACCUUUUGUAUCACAGUUAACCUCGAGCAUUUUGUUUCAGAACUUGCCGACUGUGUAAUAACACUUUUAUUUAGAUUUCCAAGCAAAACCCUUGUUCAAAUAAAGGAAGCAGUGUUAUGUUGAACUUUUAACAACUGUUUGUGUGUCAUGGGGACUUUUCAUGGCAAAUCUUUAGGUCUUGGGUGAAACAAUGCUCAAGUAUUUGAAUAAAAAUGCAAAGAUGUAUUAACAAUGAAAAUUGUCCAUAUAACUUUAUUUUUAGCUUAGUGCCCCACAGCUGUUUGUGUUGGAUGUUUGAAUACAUUUGAAUAUAAAAGGGGUAAUGGUCUUUUUGUUUUAAGACUUUAGUGU